AUGGUGCUUUCCUCGCUGCCCCCUUGGGCAGCUUUGCCAACAAUGCCUCGGGCGCAGGACAUGGCUAGCGGCGGUGGGUGGUUUCCUCAGCCCGAUCCCCUCGGAGGGGGCCGAGCGCAGGGACUCUGCAGCCAUGGCUGGAGCCCAGACCUCCCCACUGGGCUGAGCCAGGCCCGGGAAGGACCCAGGUGUCCCCUGCCUCCUGCAGCGCUACUUGAAGCCACCAGAGGGCUCCUCCCCCAUGGAUUCCCAAACUUUUCUCCAAAAUGCCUUUCACUUUCGAUCUCCGAUGUCUGGGCCCAGACCUUCCCGGGGCCUUCCCGUCCUGGACGGGGACCCUGGGCCCGGCAGCGGCAUGAGGGGCCCCAACUCAAGAUGACCGGCCCGGCCCCAGCCUGGCCCCUCACUGCCUCCCUCCUGCUGCUCCUGCUGCCCCGGGCCCUCGCAGAUCCCUGCUCCUUCCCAGACAGCCCCAUCAGCUCCAUCUACCCCGGCAUCAUCAGCACCUUGUCGGACUUCAUGCUCGGGGACUACCCAGUCGAUGUCCCAGAGAAUCUCCGGGUGGACGAGCAGUGCUGGGCCCUGUGGCACUUGGCCUUGGCGAAGGAAACGCUGGACCGCCUGAAGCUGGUGGCCGGAAGCAAGCUGCAGGAGCCCCUGGAAGCCGUGUACGCCGAGAUCGACUUUGUGGGUCAAUGCGUCAACCAGUCCUUUCCCAGCUGUCUCCGUUUCCGAAAAGCCAACAUCUCUCACCUCCUGCUGGAGGUCUCCAACCACUUGGGGGCCCUGCGGCCCCUCAUCACUCAGCAGAACUUCCAGCCCUGCCAACAGUAUCGCUGCCAGCCAGAGCCCUCCCUCCCUGUCUCCACGCUCCCCUCUCCCAGCAGUCUCGAGGCCCUGGAGGGCACGCUGAGACCCCCCGGGCCCUCCAGCUUGCUUCUGCUGGCGCUGGGGGCGCUGCCAGUAGCCUUGCUGCUGGUCCUGGUGGCAGCUUGGAGAUGGAAGCAGAGGAGGAGGAGACUGCCGAGCCCCCGGAGGUCCCCGGUCCCCCCAGGCCCCCCAGACUCUGCUCCCCAGGAUGUGCAGUGGAGGCUGCUGUGAAAGAAGCUGCUGACGCUGGAGGGCCUUGAAGGCCCAACGCAGGAGCUGGGGCCGCCUCCUGGAGAAGCGGCCCAAGGCCGGCCUCUUGGGACAAGGGCGCAUCCCUCCCGGGGGCUGCGGGAGGGGGCCUGGGGCUCGCAUCCAGCCCCCUCUGUAAAGCUCUGAGGACUCAGAUAAAACAUUUCC